AUGGGUCAAAUAAGUCUUCUUCCCCAAAUCAGAGGUAUUCAUAUCAAAUUUGUCAAUCGCAUUUUUCUCGAUCGUCUUCAUCCCUACCAGGUUUCCAAACUUUAUGAUGUAGGGCCACCAAUUUUUGCGGAACUUGGUAAGAAGAAGCUUUGGGGACAUGAUCUGACACACCAUGAACUAUUCUUGUAUACACAAGCUAAGAAUCACGAUGGAGUGACUUUUUUAGUUGACAAAGCUAAAAAAAUUCAUGAUGAUUUUAUGGAACGAUGUGAUCGGUUGGAAGCGAUAGGAGAGGAAAUUGAUGAUGACAAACUAUUUUAUGAUGUUGUUGGGGGUCAUGAUCGAAAAAAGAGAUUAUAUGAAUUUGGCUCAUAUGGAACACACAUUCGUUCUAGUAAAGGAUCUUCUGAAACGCAUCGCGAACAAUAUGAAGAUAAUAAUGUCGAGACAAAAGUCGAGAUUGAGAAUUUGAAGAAGUAAGUUGAGACGCAACGCGAACAAUAUGAGGAUAUUCAACAAAAAUAUGAGGAUGUUCAGCAAAAAUAUGAGGAUGCUCAGAAAAAGAAUGUGGAGUUUCAGCAGAAAAAUGUGGAUGUUCAAGCAAAGUUUGAACAACAACUUGCACAAGCAAUGAAUUUCAUUAACAUAUUGAGUGAACAGGUCAAAACUUUUUAUUAAUAAAUGAUAGAAUAUUAUGUAUCGAAUAAUGUUUUACGUUAAAUUUGUAGCG